AAGCAAGAAAGAGCAGCCCACCUAAUCCUAAUCCUCAUAACACAUGGAAAAGAAAUACUGCAAACCCCAAAUUAAAUCCAACAAGGAUUCCUCUUCAGUCCCUUCAACUAUACAUGCCACAAUGGCCUUCGCUUCCUUCACUUUUCAUCUCCAUAAUCUUGACGAUCGUAUUACAUAAAUAUUUAGAAGCUUUUCCUUGUGAUCUCCGAUUCAUCCGUUGUUUUUCCUGCCAAUGGAGCGGUCUGAUCUUGAAGCUGUUGCCGCCGCUGCUGCUGCAGCCAUGGAGCUUGAUAGUUCUUUCCAGCAUACCUAUCGGUGUUCUGCAUCAAGGGUUGAGUUAGGUAACAGAAUUCUGAUGCCCCUUUCUGCUUUCGACUCUCUUGUUGAUAAAGGUGUGGAGUCUCCGUGGCUUUUCGAGCUGUGCAAUCCUGUAACAGGCAAAACUUCUCAUUGCGGGGUUCUUGAGUUUACUUCCGAUGAGGGUUUCGUGUUGUUACCGGCGCCUAUGAUGGAGUCCAUGGAGCUAGAGGAAGGAGAGCUUGCAACACUGAAGAGUGCUUCUCUUGACAAAGGAACCUUCUUGAAGCUUCAACCACAUACCAAGAAUUUCAUGCAACUCUCUGACCCCAAGGCGGUGUUGGAAAAAGCUUUCAGAGAUUUCUGUUGCUUGACUACCGGAGAUACCAUCAUGAUCAUGCAUAACGACAUCAAGUUCUACAUCGAUAUCGUUGAAGCAAAACCCUCUUUGGCCGUCAAUAUCAUUGAUACAGAUUGUGAAGUUGAUUUUGCUGUCCCAUUGGAUUAUGAACCACCCCAAAAGAAACAGAAAAAGGCUAAACUACUUCAAAAACAAGAGCAACCAAUCGAGGCAGAAACAGUCAAGUUCAAAGCGUUCAACGGCAUAGCAAGGCGCCUGGAUGGAGAACCUGUGACAGAACAGGUUGCAGUUGAUGAUGAUCACGAUUCGAUGAUGAAUGCUGAAAGAAAGCCAUGCGGAUCAAAGAAAGUUGUGCUUGGUUCCAAUGUUAUUCAAUGUCAAGAAGACUCAACGGGUGAACCAUCGAGAAAGGGUUGGCAAGAGGUAACCAAUAUGAAGAAAGAAGAAGAAAAGUUCCAGCCAUUCACCGGAAGAAGUUAUAGGUUGACUUAGGAUAACAUUUUCUGAAUUUGAUGCUUACUUUUCCAUGAAAGAUACCUUGACCUCUUAGUUUAUUGCUUGUUUUGACCUUUUGGUUCAAGCUAUUUAAGGCCAUAUGUAAACUACUAAUUUGUUAGUAUAAAUAUUAAAAGAUUCUAAAGA